ACACAUGCAAUAAUUAAAUGCAGAAAAUGCUUAAACAAAUGGAACAAGCAUCAUCUGUGAGGCAAGUCAGCAUCAAACUGCUAUCUUAGCCUCGUUCAAAUUUGACAUUUGCCAAUCCCUGUUUAAAGUAAACAAAGGAGCCACCCACUGAAAACCAAAAGAAAAUAAAUAAAGAAGAAUCUUUACUUGUUUGUUAUUGAAGUUUUGUCAUACCUCAGUCUUGUGGUUUUUUGGUUCCAACAAAAACCACAAGGAAACAACUUUUCUUCCAAAACUUGAUCCCUACAUCUCCAAGGUAAAGAUAACCUGUAUUCCUCAAAUCCCCUACCUUUGAUCCAUGUUUCUUGCUAUUCUUUGAAGAUGGUACAAAGAAAGGUACCAAACAAGCCUGGAAUCCAAGCUGAUCAUGUUAAAUCCGAGAAGCGGUUGGGGAACCUGAAACCAACUUCUUGUCAGCACCAGGAUGGCAAGAAUAGAGGACCAGAUAUGAGAAAGAAAAUGAAAAGGUCAAGAUCAAUCAAACGUUCAGAUAUUGAGAGCUUGAAUUCACCACCUUCGAGGAAAACCAUAUCCCAGCUAGGAAAGCCGCCACCUUUCAAUGCUCCAUCCGCUGCAGCAACCCCUCAGAAGCAGCCUAUCAUCAAAACUGGUGGAUCACCGAAUUACAUGAAGGCUACAAGCAGUUCAGAGGCAAGAAAAGAGCAUUCUCAGGUGAGUACCUCAACUGGUUCAGAUAGCAAGAAUCUGCGUCGCAGAAACUCAAGUAAUUCAAAAACUAGCUCUGCUUCUAGUAAUAAACCGACAAGGACUAGUUCGAAGCUGGUUAGGACUUUAACAAAGACCCCCAGUUUUAAGCCGGCUAGAAGUACAGCAAAAAAAUGUUCCAGGGUAGCUCUAUGUGCAGAUAUAAAUGUACAGAAAGCUACCUGUUCUUCAACUUUGAAGGAUUCGAAGUUUCCUGAGUACCUCAUGCUCAAUCCAGGGGGUACUGAUGCAGAAGGAACUUCGGUUCUGAAGGUCUGUCCGUAUACUUACUGCUCUCUUAAUGGUCAUCAUCACACUCCUUUGCCUCCCUUGAAGUGCUUCUUGAAGGCAAGGAGAAGGUCACUAAAGGCCCAGAUGAGUGCAAUAUUGGAGGUUUUAUCGCCACGCAGAACUAAGCUGUCGGGUGAUGGAACAGAGGAAAUUAGCAGUGAACUAAAUUUCUCUGAUGAUAAACCUCUACAUAAGGAAGAGGAUUCAAUUGAUACAGCAACAACUCCUGUGGUAAAAGAAGCGGACAAGGACUUUUUUAUUGAAAUCUAUGCCAAAAAUAUGGUUGGUGGCACUGAAGCAAUUGAAAAGCACAGAGACGGUGGUGAGGGAUCAAUUGGUGUUACUGGAGAAUCAAAUGAACAGAAUGGCGAUUCCUCUUCUCAGGAUGGCAAUCAAGCAGCAGCUAAGCAAGAAAACAAGGAGCAAGUUACUGAUAACCUGUCUGAUGCAAGUAGUGACAAAGAUGACAGCAUUUCUGAAUCUAGUGAUAUGGAGUGGGAGGAGGGGCAGUUUUCCACCUCAGACAUUUAUACAGAAAUCCAUUAUCUCGACAAGCCUGACAAAGAAUCUUAUAUCAGUGUUGAAUACCUAUCAGAUAUCAAGAAGGUUGAUUUGCCUGAUGAACCUGAGAUAAUUCAUUCAGAUGACAUACUUGGUAACUGCACUGAGGAGAUUCUAGUUGAUGACAUACUACAAGAACUUUUUGAAGCAGAAACCGCCUCCUUUGGCACGCAAUGCAAUGAUAAUGACUUCGGGAUUGAAGAUGUGCUGCAGGCUUGGGAAACUAUUGAAUCUAUACAAGUCACUGGUGAUUCAACUUGUGACCAAAUUUCUUCCAUUGAAGAUGCAAUCAAGGAACCAAUAACUAUGGAAGAGACGAAUGAAGAAGCCGAGGGAUAUUUGACUGGAGCUAUGAUCAUUUCUAAUUCAAUGAGGGAGCCUGUUCUGGAAUCAGAAGCAGCCAAUGAGAAUUUUCUGAAGGUUGAAGUUUGUGAAAUAGAAGAUGCUACUGUGGAAAAAAAUCCUCAAUUCGGAGAUGCUGAAAAUGAUUGUGACGUCAACCUAACAGCCGAAGCUUUGAAUGCUUACCAGGAUGAUGAAUGUCUUCAAGCCGAAGAAGUAACUAAGUUGCUCAAAAGCCAAAUUGCUGAUUCUUCUCAGAUUUUUUAUGAGAGCAGCAAGGUCGAAACUAAUGAAAGCCAGAAGCCUGACAAGACAGAAGCUGAUCCAGAUGGUGCAGAGGUAAAUGACUACCAAAACCACUUUAUUGCUGAAGACAGUAGUGCAAGUCAAGAGCUUGUUGAUGAAAACAGUCCACCUAAGCAUUGCGAUCACCUAUUGGAUGGCCAGUAUCAUAGCAUUAAUGUUGCUGAGAACCAGAACUUAUUUAAGGAAGAUCAAGAUGGAGCUAACAAGUUCAAAACCCCAACUUCCACUGAUUCUGAACAGAUUGAUUUGAGCUUAACUGAAUGCAAUGCAGGAAAGGUUAUGAAUAUGGAAGUGGAAGUUUGCAACAAGUCAGAGACUGCAGAAACAUUCCUUGCAACUGGUAAUGGAAACAUUGCGGGAUCAAACAGCAAGUUCCUUCACAAACGAAGCAAUUUCAACCAAGAAAUUGGAAGUACCUGCGACAUCAGGAAAUGGACAAUCAAAUGCAAGAAGCACAUCAUGGACUUGGAGGAAGAGAGAACAUUUAACCCAAAAGAACCAAAUUUCCUUCCUGUUGUUCCUGACCCAGAGUCAGAAAAGGUUGAUCUCAGACAUCAGAUCAUGGAUGAUAGGAAAAAUGCUGAGGAAUGGAUGCUUGAUUAUGCACUCCAACAAGCUGUCACAAAACUUGCUCCUGCUAGGAAGAGAAAGGUGGCACUACUUGUUGAAGCUUUUGAAACAGUCUUGCCCAUACCAAAAUAUGAAAGUCAUAUCAGGCAUGCAUCAGCAGCCUUUUCUCACUCAAGACCUAUUCAAGCUUGCAGUUGACACCACUUUCAAAGAAAUUCAAUUGAAUCUGAUAAAUCGACACAUUCCAUCUUUAUUGCUGUGCAGUUGAUGAUGAAGAGAAAGCAGCUUAAAAACACUAUCUUUAAUAAGUUGUUGAUCUAGGGAGUAUGAUCAUAGCUAGCCGGGCUCAUGUUGUAGGAGUAAACUACAUAGAGCAACUAACUCGUUGAUGUGGUGGCUGAAAGGAGGUCGAAAUGCUAAGUUUACUGGUGAAGUGCGAGUGAAGACUUUCUAGCUCAAUAAUAUGUGUAAUAGCAAUAUAAAAUAUGUUGUUAAUUUGUCAUUACAGGAGGGAAACUUCCAAAUGUUUUUUAACUUAUUAUGGUUAUUGUCUGUUUGGUAUUAUAAUGUUGUAAAAUUAUUGUAAUUAAGUUCAUGCCUAACUGACCAACA